GUCUGCCUCAGUAGGCGCGUGACGCCCGGUAUCUGAGGCUGCAAGGUGGACGCUGCAUAUCGCAAGUCAAAGAGACUAAUUUCAUGUUAAGCUUUGCAUUUUUAUCUGCAAUCCGGGCGUGCCGCUGCAAUAUCGUACCCAGGCACAUUCGAGUCACCCUUCGACAGUUUCGAAGGUUUGAAGUCAGGGUUCCGAGUCACGACUACACCAACAACGGAGUUUCCUGUCGGUGGCAAAUCGGACGCUUCUGGACGCUGUAUCGUGAUGCAGUAGCAUUGCAAGUGCUGAGACGAACCCAGUGGCUGCUUGUCUGCUUACAAGUCCUUCGCUGAUACAUAGUAUCUCGAGAACAGAUUCGCCGUCUC